AUGCUGCUCAUUCUCUUGCUGUAUGCUGCUGUGGUCGCCGGCGCGGCCACCAACUUGCCGACCGUGAAGCUUAAUGGCGCGACGGUCAUUGGGACGAGCGAUGGUUCUGUCACCCAGUUCCUUGGUAUCCCGUUCGCUGAACCUCCCGUCGGGAAACUGCGACUGCAGCUCCCGCAGCCUAUUCGCAGAUACAGCGGAGUCGUCAAUGCGACGACAUUCGGCAACCAGUGUUUGCAGCAGACUAUGCCGCCCGCGGUCUUCCCGAACACCACCGUGCUCCCGCCGGAGAUUGCGCCUUUCGUGGCGGCUAUGGGGGUACCUCCUCCAGUACCCCAGAGCGAGGAUUGCCUGAACCUCAACGUCAUCGUGCCUGCGGGCACGAAGCCUGGGGAUAAGCUCCCUGUCGCUGUGUGGAUCUUCGGAGGCAAGAAACACUCUUACAUUGGCUCCAACGCUGUACGUCCGGGGCAGGUUGUCGUGAAACGCUCGUUAGAAAUUGGACACCCCGUCAUUUAUGUAUCGAUGAAUUACCGGUUGAGUGCUUUGGGCUUCCUGGGAGGGCGCGAGAUAGCGAACGCGGGCCUUGGUAAUCUCGGACUGCAGGACCAGCGCGAAUCUCUUCGUUGGAUCCAAAAACACAUCGGUGCUUUUGGCGGUGACCCGACAAAAGUGACAAUCUGGGGAGAGAGCGCAGGGAGCGAGUCUGUCGCGUUCCACAUGCUCGUGAACGGGGGCAACACCGAGGGCCUGUUCCGCGCGGGAUGGAUGGAGUCAGGUUCCGUCAAUCCAGCGGGCAAUGUCUCGAAUGUCCAGCCCCACUUCGACUUCAUAGCAUCGGAGACCGGCUGUGCAGACGAGAUCGACAUCCUGGAAUGUCUGCGGGAAGUUCCAACGAGCGUCAUCCAAGCGGCUGUGGACAAGACAUCGACCUACGUGUCCUUCCAGGGUACGCCAUGGGCGCCGCGCGCAGACGGACUGUUCCUCGUAGAUAACCCGCAACGCCUCUUGUUAGAAGGCAAGAUUGCGGAUAUACCGUUUGUAAUCGGAUCAAACAAGGACGAAGGGACACUCUUCUCUCUUGCGUCCCUCAACCUCACUACACAGGACGAAGUGGCUACGUACCUCAGCAGCAAUUUCUUCCCGAACGCGCCCAAGGAGAACAUUACGCGGUUGCUCGACUUGUACCCCGCCAACCCCGCGUUCGGCGCUCCCUUCGACACCGGGGACGCUUUCGCGUUCUCUCCCCAGUAUAAGCGCAUCUCAGCCUUCCAGGGUGAUUCCCGGUUUGGUGCGCCGCGUCGCUUGCUCCUUCAGCAGCGCUCUGGGAAGCAGGUCAUGAGGUCGUUCCUGAGCGAGCGCAACCAAAUCACGGGCAUGGGCGCAACGCACACCACCGAACUCGCAAACGUGUUCGGCGGCGGAGAUAUGACUGACUUCCUCGUCCGUUUCGUGGAUACGCUCGACCCGAACGGCGGCGAAGGAGUGCACUGGCCCGCCUACACUGCAGAGUCGCCGCAACUGCUCGUGUUUGCUAACGGGAAGGAGUCUCUUGCGGUCAUUCCAGACACGUUCCGGAAGGAGGCGAACGAGUUCUUGAUACAGCUGGGCCUUGAGCAGCCGAACUAA